AUGGAGGGGUGGAGCCCUCCCCAUCCUCUGUGUUUCCCUGACAUGGAGGUGAUGUGGAUGGCGCCAGCGCUGCCUUCCCAGCCGAUGCUGUGCAUAUUCCACACCGUGCCUUAUGGUUCUGCCUAUGUGGACAGAGAGGGGACAAGGGGAGACAUCGGGGGAAAGGCUAGAAAUGAGAGACAGCCGACACUCGACCGUGCCCCUGCUGCCUCAGAGGUCCCCACAGAGAGUCCUAAACCUGUGGUGAUUAUAGAGCCUGAUACACAGGUGUUCAGAGGAGAGAGAUUGACUUUCAGGUGUGACAUACAGAGAGGAGGAGACACUGAGUGGACAUACAGCUGGAAUAAGAAUGAUCACACACUCUACUCAGACAGAACAACACAGGAGUUCAGCAUCAGCUCAGUUAGAGACUCUGACGGUGGUAAAUACACCUGCAGAGGGAGGAGAAGUGACUCUCAGAGCUCAGAGAUCAGUGAUCCUGUUACACUCUCUGUAUCAGAAAAACCUAAACCUGAACUCACAUCAGACCUUAAAGGAGCUGCACUGACAGGAAACUCAGUGACUCUGAACUGUACACUGAAGCUGCAGUCUGCUGGAUGGAAGUUUUACUGGAACAAAGACACACAGCGCACUGAGACUGAGACUGAAACACACUCCUACACCAUCAGCUCAGUUACAGUCUCUGAUGGAGGUCAGUACUGGUGCAGAGCUGGAAAAGGAAACCCAGUCCACUACACGCACUACAGUGAUGCACUCUGGGUAAACGUUAUUGAGAGUCCUAAACCUGUGGUGAUUAUAGAGCCUGAUACACUGGUGUUCAGAGGAGAGAGAGUGACUUUCAGGUGUGACAUACAGAGAGGAGGAGACACUGAGUGGACAUACAGCUGGAAUAAGAAUGCUCGCACACUCUACCCAUACAGAACAACACAGCAGUUCAGCAUCAGCUCUGUUGAAAAUGAUCACGGUGGUAAAUACACCUGCAGAGGGAGGAGAAGUGACUCUCAGAUCUCAAAGACGAGUGAUCCUGUUCCACUCUCUGUAUCAGAAAAACCUAAACCUGAACUCACAUCAGACCUUAAAGGAGCUGCACUGACAGGAAACUCAGUGACUCUGAACUGUACACUGAAGCUGCAGUCUGCUGGAUGGAAGUUUUACUGGAUCAAAGACACACAGAGCCGUCAGACUGAAACUGCAACACACUCCUACACCAUCAGCUCAGUAAGAGUCUCUGAUGGAGGUCAGUACAAGUGCAGAGCUGGAAAAGGAAACCCAGUCCACUACACACACUACAGUGAUGCACUCUGGGUAAACGUUAUUGAGAAUCCUAAACCUGUGGUGAUUAUAGAGCCUGAUACACAGGUGUUCAGAGGAGAGACUGUGACUUUCAGGUGUGACAUACAGAGAGGAGGAGACACUGAGUGGACAUACAGCUGGAAUAAGAAUGAUCACACACUCUACCCAUACAGAACAACACAGGAGUUCAGCAUCAGCUCUGUUGAAAAUGAUCACGGUGGUAAAUACACCUGCAGAGGGAGGAGAAGUGACUCUCAGAUCUCAAAGACGAGUGAUCCUGUUCCACUCUCUGUAUCAGAAAAACCUAAACCUAAACUCACAUCAGACCUUAAAGGAGCUGCACUGACAGGAAACUCAGUGACUCUGAACUGUACACUGAAGCUGCAGUCUGCUGGAUGGAAGUUUUACUGGAUCAAAGACACACAGAGCACUGAGACUGAAACUGCAACACCCUCCUACACCAUCAGCUCAGUUAGAGUCUCUGAUGGAGGUCAGUACUGGUGCAGAGCUGGAAAAGGAAACCCAGUCCACUACACGCACUACAGUGAUGCACUCUGGGUAAACGUUAUUGCGAAUCCUAAACCUGUGGUGAUUAUAAAGCCUGAUACACAGGUGUUCAGAGGAGAGACUGUGACUUUCAGGUGUGACAUACAGAGAGGAGGAGACACUGAGUGGACAUACAGCUGGAAUAAGAAUGAUCACACACUCUACUCAGACAGAACAACACAGCAGUUCAGCAUCAGCUCUGUUGAAAAUUAUCACGGUGGUAAAUACACCUGCAGAGGGAGGAGAAGUGACUCUCAGAUCUCAAAGACGAGUGAUCCUGUUACACUCUCUGUAUCAGAAAAACCUAAACCUGAACUCACAUCAGACCUUAAAGGAGCUGCACUGACAGGAAACUCAGUGACUCUGUCCUGUACACUGAAGCUGCAGUCUGCUGGAUGGAAGUUUUACUGGAACAAAGACACACAGCGCCGUCAGACUGAGACUGCAACACACUCCUACACCAUCAGAUCAGUUACAGUCUCUGAUAGCGGUCAGUACUGGUGCAGAGCUGGAAAAGGAAACCCAGUCCACUACACAGACUACAGUGAUGCACUGUGGGUAAAUGUUAUUGAGAAUCCUAAACCUGUGGUGAUUAUAGAGCCUGAUACACAGGUGUUCAGAGGAGAGAGAGUGACUUUCAGGUGUGACAUACAGAGAGGAGGAGACACUGAGUGGACAUACAGCUGGAAUAAGAAUGAUCACACACUCUACUCAGACAGAACAACACAGGAGUUCAGCAUCAGCUCUGUUGAAAAUUAUCACGGUGGUAAAUACACCUGCAGAGGGAGGAGAAGUGACUCUCAGAUCUCAAAGACGAGUGAUCCUGUUACACUCUCUGUAUCAGAAAAACCUAAACCUAAACCUAAACUCACAUCAGACCUUAAAGGAGCUGCACUGACAGGAAACUCAGUGACUCUGUCCUGUACACUGAAGCUGCAGUCUGCUGGAUGGAAGUUUUACUGGAACAAACCCAGACAGAGCACUGAGACUGAGACUGAAACACACUCCUACACCAUCAGAUCAGUUACAGUCUCUGAUAGAGGUCAGUACAAGUGCAGAGCUGGAAGAGGAAACCCAGUCUACUACACAGACUACAGUGAUGCACUCUGGGUAAAUGUUAUUGAGAGUCCUAAACCUGUGGUGACUAUAAAGCCUGAUACACAGGUGUUCAGAGGAGAGAGAGUGACUUUCAGGUGUGACAUACAGAGAGGAGGAGACACUAAGUGGACAUACGACUGGUAUAGGGGCGAUUACACAUUCUACCCAUACCACACAACACAGGAGUUCAGCAUCUCUGUUAGAAAUGAUCACGGUGGUAAAUACACCUGCAGAGGAAGGAGAAGUGACUCUCAGAUCUCAGAGACGAGUGAUCCUGUUACACUCUCUGUAUCAGGAAAACCCAAACCGACUGUGAGUGUGAAUCCUCAGAGCUCCGUCUACACUGGAGACAGAGUUACUCUGAGCUGUAAUCUGCAGUCUACUGGAUGGACUUUUCUCUGGUACCAAGAUUAUCAGCAAUUAAAACCUCUGACCUCUGUAGCUACAGUGACCAACACAUUCAUUGUGACAGUCUCUAAUGAAGGACAAAAAUAUUACUACUGUAAAGCACGCAGGGGAAACUACAACUCAGAGAUCAGUUAUCCAGCCACAAUUACAGUGAGAGCGAGACCAAAGUCUGUAGUGAAAGUAAAGCCAGCUGAGCGUGUGUUCAUUGGGGAAACCGUCACUUUCUCAUGUGAGAUACAGACUAGAGGAUCCUGGCAGUAUCACUGGUAUAGAAAUAAUAAAGAACUCAGUGAUGCUGCAGGAAAGAAAACAUACACAAUCUCUAAUGUUAAAGCCUCUGAUAAAGGUGAUUAUACAUGUAAAGGAACGCAGUCAUCAGACCCAAAAUACACACAGACCAGUGAUGCUGUUACACUGACUGUAUCAGAAAAACCUAAACCUGAACUCACAUCAGACCUUAAAGGAGCUGCACUGACAGGAAACUCAGUGACUCUGUCCUGUACACUGAAGCUGCAGUCUGCUGGAUGGAAGUUUUACUGGAUCAAAGACACACAGAGCACUGAGACUGAGACUGAAACACACUCCUACUUCAUCAGAUCAGUUAGAGUCUCUGAUGGAGGUCAGUACAAGUGCAGAGCUGGAAGAGGAAACCCAGUCUACUACACACACUACAGUGAUGCACUCUGGGUAAAUGUUACUGGUGGAUCUCCUCCAGUGUCUCUGAUCAUCAGUCCCAGCAGAACUCAACACUUUACUGCUGACUCUCUCUCACUGAGCUGUGAGGACCAGAGUGACUCUACUGGAUGGACAGUGAGAGGAUACACACACAGUGAGACACUGUUCGAUUGUUCAUCAGUUUCAGGAUCUACAUGUAACAUCAGCUCCCUCUCUACAUCACACACUGGAGUUUACUGGUGUCAGUCUGAAUCUGGAGGACGCAGUAAUUCUGUCAACAUCACAGUGCACAAUGGUGAUGUGAUCCUGGAGAGUCCUGUCCAUCCUGUAACUGAGGGAAAUCCUCUGACUUUACGCUGUUUAAUUCGCUCAAAGAUUUUAGAUUCUGGUGCUGAUUUCUAUAAAAAUGAUUCCAUCCUCCAGUCCCAGACUAAAGGAGAGAUGACCAUCCACACUGUCUCAAAGUCAGAUGAAGGUUUCUACCACUGUAAACACCCAGAGAGAGGAGAGUCACCGAAAAGCUGGGUUUCAGUCAGAGUUUCAGCUUCUGGAUCCACUGGUGUAAUUAUAGGACUGAGUUCGGCCUUCGUGUUUGUCAUCUUAUUGAUCUUACUGAUUCUGCUGUUGCACUACAAGAAGAAAAGAGGUGUAGAAUAUCAGACUCCUUCUGCUGUAAAUCAGGACACCAAUCAGCCUGCAGAUGGUGAUAACAUCUAUGAAAAUACUGAUAUCAGAACCACAGAUGAUUCUGCAGCUGAAGCCAGCAAUAUGCUCUACUCAGAGGUUGUCACUAGAAACAAGAAACAAAAGGAUGCUGCCACUGGACCGAGUGAUGUGACUUAUGCUGACAUUGAACUGAAAAACCAAAAGAAACCAAAGAGAAAACAAGGAAAGAGCAGUGAGGCAGCUGACACUGUUUACUCAGAUCUGAAGCAGAACACAGAUAAAGGUCCAUGAAGAAAGUCUAAAGUCUCCAAUCAAGAAUUGCUGAAACAGCCAAAGAACAUGGUAAAUAUAUAUUUUAGGGAGGACACUGUAGUUUCUGGAAAGCUUGUUUUUUGCUUAAUUCAAAUCUAAGCAUUGUACAAACUCCUGAUAGGGAUGUUAAAGGAACAGGAAGCUGAAUGCAUUUAAAAUUAUACCUUCUAUCUUUCACAAUGGGCUGGAAUUGGCUUUAUCCAGGUUAAAUUUAGUUGCCAGUUUUCAUUCACUGGAUCAGUAUAACUAAGCUGGCAGUGUUGAUUACUAAGUGUUCACUCGUAUAUUUUAAUACUGAUCUCAAUUACAAAAAAAAAAACAAGUAUAUUAUUGUUUCACAUUUAACAUUCCGCAUUUAAUUUGUUGUACAUUAUUUUGUUCAUGUAUUUUGUGUUGUACAUUAUUUUAUUCAUGUAUUUUGUGUUUAUUUACUCAUUUAUGCUAUUUACCUAUUAAUGGAUUGUAAAAGGGAAAAAAAAUCCAGCAUUGGAUUUUAGAGUUUAGGAAUAAUCAGAUAUUUUGUCUUCACUGCUUUAAACAGUCAGUAAUGCUGUAUUGUUCUUGAGGGAGCAGCUCAUGGACCUUUGGCACACAGACUGAUAUUGUGUCUUUUUUUUUUUUUUAAUCUUUUAAAAUCUUUUCGAGUUUAGUGCCUAUAUAAUAUGUACAUUUCUAUUUUUUAUAAUUAUAUAUUUUUCAGUAUAUAAAUACAAGUAUCAGUAAAGUAAUAAAUUUCAUCAUUUUGAGUUAGAUAAUGUACUUUCUUUGGUUUUCCUCUGGUUUAUUGCCUUCCAUAUCCACCAGGAUGUUACAGGAGCAAAAGAAAUAUAAGGCUGUGUACAUGCUGUGUGAAGAGCUUUGAAUAAUAAUUAUCCUCAGCAAUAUCUUAUUAUGGUAUUUUUAUGCUUGAAUUUUGUACCUUUCAUUGUAUUGUUCCUUUCAUUAUAUUCUCAUGUAUUUUUAUAAGUAUUAUAUUCCAAAUUAUAUAAUUAAUUUAAGCAGUACAUAAAAAUGAAUUUAAAGUUUGUAUUUUUUUAAGCAUGAUGCCUGAA